GCUAAAUAGCAGUAUGUCUACAUUGGCAUACGGCUGUGUAGGUAUCACAAAGCAUACUAACUAACAGUUGACCAUAAUCAAGGUUUUUCCCGUGAGCCAAGUACGUUGAAAGACGCUGGAAAUUGUGUUUAUUUUACGGUUACCCAACGCGUAACGCGCUAUCCUGGCUAGCUAGUUAGCUGGUUUUGUGCUUUGAACAGCACGUCGGAGUUAACGUUAGCCACCAAGCCAUGGAGACGUGUUUCUACCUAGCUAGUUGACAUUAGAAACAGCUAGCAAGCCCCGGUUGGUUUACUUUCCUUGGUAACUAGCUAAGUAACGUUAGCCACCAAGCCAUGGGGACGUGUUUCUACCUAGCUAGCUGACAUUAGAAACAGCUAGAAAGCCCCGGUUGGUUAACUUUCCUUGGUAACUAGCUAAGUAACGUUAGCCAAUUGAUCUUAAAUCGCGUUGUUGCCUGGUAAACGGGAUAACUAGCUGUCAUUGAUAAUUAACUAUCUGAUAUCAUGUAACAUGAAAUGCAUCUACUGAUGAUGCCAAGCUACAGUAGCUCCCUAAUAAAUCCGUUUAACUCCCACCAGUCAGGCUGUUAACUGUGUGACAGUCUAGCAGUGUGUGUGUGUGUCAACAUUGAGAAGUGACAUUUGUUUAGCUUACUUGACAUAAAAUAUAUUGGCAGAUUUUGUUAUCCAUAACAUGAACUUUGACACCUGCUUGUUACGAUCGUGGCACCCGCUCAUAAUUAGAUAUGAACAGCAACGGGAAUAAGAGGGUACCGACCACAGCCACCCAGAGACUAAAACAGGACUACCUCAGGAUAAAGAAAGACCCUGUGCCUUACAUCUGUGCUGAACCCCUACCAUCCAACAUCCUGCAAUGGCACUAUGUUGUUCGAGGUCCUGAGAAGACCCCAUACGAAGGGGGAUAUUAUCAUGGCAAAUUAAUAUUCCCUCGGGACUUCCCCUUUAAACCACCCAGCAUCUACAUGACCACACCAAACGGGAGAUUUAAGUGUAACACUAGGUUAUGUCUGUCCAUCACUGAUUUCCACCCGGACACGUGGAACCCAGCCUGGUCCGUUUCCACCAUCCUGACUGGUCUGCUCAGCUUCAUGGUGGAGAAAGGCCCCACUCUGGGUAGCAUCGAGACCUCUGACUACACUAAAAGACAGCUCUCUGCCCAGAGCUUGACCUUUAACCUGAAGGACAAGGUGUUCUGUGAACUGUUUCCUGAUGCAGUCGAUGAGAUCAAGCAGAAGCAGAAGGUCCAGAAGGAGUUGAGCACCCGCCCCCAGCCCCUCCCGCUCCCAGACGUGGUUCCCAACGGCGACUUUCACCACGGCAACUACGGAAUCCCCGCCCUCAACGGAGGCCAUGCCCCCUUGGUCCCUGCUAUGCUCGCCCCCGGCCAACAGCAGCCCAAUCGGAAUCAUGGACUUCUUGGCGGGGCCUUGGCCAACCUGUUUGUGAUUGUGGGGUUCGCGGCGUUUGCCUACACGGUGAAGUACGUGCUGCGGAGCAUCGCCCAGGAGUGAGAGAGGAGAGAGGGCUGAAGAAAACGGGACUGUUGACCCUCGGCCCAGUUACAGGACUAUUAGAGGAUUUAAACAUGCGCGGGGGGGGGGGGGGGGGGCCACCCACCCACCGGGAGGUGGGGGUAUGGGGGGAAUGAAUGGAACGGGGUUGGUUGUUGAUCUUCUCUGUGCCUAUGACCCAUUACCAGGUGGAAGUGCUUGGCUCAUGGGUUGUAUAGGGAACCAUAGAAAUGUAAGUUAAGGUAGAUUGGUGAUUCUCUGUGAAAAGCAACGUCAUAUUGUAUAGCAAUGUGGCUUGGCAGCCACGUUGACCAUAGGCUUAAUUCAUUGUUCUUCUCCACAUAAUUACUCUGAAUCCGCCGUGUUGUCGGUGUCUGUGUGCUAGAUCAAUUCUAUCUGUUGUGCCGCCAUGUUGGUUGAUCCCUGUAAAGAAUCGUGUGGAAUUUGGAA